AUAGAAACCCGCUUCCAGACGACGGGGAUAUGGCAAUAUAGCCAUUGUUUAUACCUCUCCCUAGCCCAAUUCCGUCCCGCUUCCAGCACGCUCGCAGCUCUGCAGGGUUCAGGUGGAAGCUAAUGUAGACCCGGAGUCCGGUGUUGUUGAUAAAUAAAUCCCAAUAAAUCCGGGUUGCGUUUGCCCGUUGUCGAGAAUCAUCGGUUAAGUAGGUCCCCUCGAGAGUAGAUAUAUAUAACCUUUGGGGACCUCGCCGUUCUUCCUCGCACCUCGCCCUUUAACCCCUGACCAAAAGACCGGACCCCUGGUUUUUGAUACCAUCGCGCAGACUUACCGGGUACGGCCCCAUCUCAUGUUUUCCAUGGCUUUGAGAGCAGUUAUCCCGGCCUUUCUCUUGGCUGGAGUGGUCAUAGCCCAGGAUCAGGUGCAAACCCAAUGGGGCCAAUGUGCCGGCUCAGCCUUCGCAGGACCAACAAUCUGCCCGCAGGACUCCUAUUGCUCCUUUGGCAACCCCUGGUACUCCCAAUGCCUCCCCGGCACAGAAGACGACCCGCUCCCCUACGCGGAGGACGUGCCCAUCCAGACCAGCACGUUCCAGACGACCAUUACCGUGACGGGGGGCUCGAGGCCCACAGUCGUGACGACCUACAUCACCUACCUGACCCCCGAGCCGACCCCGGACCCGAGUAGCUACGUCGUCAUCUCGGGCGUGACCUACACGUACGUCUCCGACUCCCCCUCGACGCGCUACCCAGGCGUUCUCCCCCGCCGCGACGCCGUCAUCACCGGCACGCCCGCCGGCGCGCACGCGGCGACGCCGACGACGCUGCAGGACGGGCAGUACUGGAUCCGGGCUGUGGCGUCGCCCAACUUCCACAAGUACCUGCAGACGAGCCCCGCCAACGAGGUGGGCGUGGCGGUGCUGGGGUCGAGCAAGACGGCCGGGCAGUUCAGCGUGGCGGGCGGGCAGCUGGUGGAGUGGACGGGCGAGGGCGGGUCGCCGCUGUACCUCAACGUCGAGAAGCCGGCGGACCUGACGCAGCGGACGCUGGCGACGUGGUUCAACACGACCAAGAACGAGUUCGGCACCUUUGUCUUCCAGGGCGACGCCCUCACCUGGAGCACCCCCGAGAUCAACCGCCAGAACUUGGCCGCCUGGCUCGUCUGCAAGAACCAGGAGCUGUUCAUCAACACGGGCGCCUACGCUUACCAGACCCCUGAGGGGUGUGCGGAUCAGACGAUCCACUACUACAACGACAAGACCGCAAACGACUGAGGAGUUGACUUAAUACGGCCUGCUCGGAGGACCGAACGAAGACAGAAGUGCCGCUGGAAUAGAUCUGAAAUGACGGCCCGAAGGCUCAGACUGUAACUCGUAAUUGGGUAGGCAGUGUGAUUUUGGGUUGUAGGAAUUAAUAGUAAAUUCCGCCUUCGACCUGCUUGGUUCGCAUGAGACAUGUACUGUACCUAAUGGACAAUCCCUUAUGCCAUGCCACGCAAGUUCAAUGUGUAUUAUCCCAUGUUCGUGACGGC